AUGGCGGCGCUUGGACGUGAGGCCGGAGAGGACGUGCGGGUUGCCGGUGUGGUGCCGGUGGGAGCUGCGGAAGUGCCUAAGGACAUCAAGAUACCAACAUACACACAUGGUGAGUCCAGGCCUUCUCUAGGAGAUGCAAAACUCAGAAAACCAGUGGUCAUUGAAAUCAUAGAAAAAAAAAUUGAAUGCCUUAGAAAAGAAAAGACUUUAAAUAUAUAUGGAACACUGACUUUUGGAACAACAGCUGCUUUCUCUGGCAUGUUGACAAAUUUCAUUUUCAGACAUCGCUUCAAGGUCACACAUGAUGUUUUGAAGACAUAUGCAUCAUUGACUGCACUUCCAUUUUUGUCUACCAUAGUUUCUUACAAGCUUCUUGUAACAGAUGCUUUGUAUUCAGGUAAUAUAAGCCAGGAAAAUUGUGUUCUUAGGAGCUCACUGAUCGGCAUAGCAUGUGGCGUUUUAUGUCCCACUGCUUUGGCUUUUUCUCAAAAUGGACGUCUGGCGUUCAAGUAUCAUACUGUUCCCCUGCCACCAAAAGGAAGGGUUUUACUUUAUUCGCUACUGCUUUGUCAUUCAGAGAUAAAAGCAAUGGUGAUCCCUCUCAUCCUUCAGACAACCUUUGGAAUAUUUCAUGGUCUGCAGCACUAUGCAAUAUUUGAAAGUACACUUGAGAAAACCGUACAUGAAGAUUAA